AUGGAUCAGUUGUCCCAGCGGGACCAGAUGCAGGUCAUGCAAGCUCUCAAUGAGAUGCAGAUGCAGGAGAUGAUGAAUACCUACAACAAUCUGGUCGAGAAGUGCUUCAACGAAUGUGUCACAAGUUUUCGCACGAAGGCUCUGGAAAGUUCCGAAGAACAGUGUGUCACGCGAUGUGUACAGAAGUUCAUGUCAUUCAGCCAGCGGGUGUCCUUGCGCUUUCAAGAGAAGCAGCAGCAGAUGCAGUUGCAGACUGCAACUGAUGUGUUGGUGAAACCUUGUGAACUGAAGGUACAGAGGUUUCUCGUGGCCCUCGUUUGUGUGGCCGCCUUGGACCUUGAGGAUUGUGACACAGAGGAUGAAGCCAAGCUGUUGGAUGUGCAGCUGCUCCAAACCUCCCUGCAGUUCUCGAGCAAAACUCGAAAUGUCAUGCGGCUGGAAGAGCCUUCAGACUCGCAAGAUCCGCAAACGUCGGAGGAAGAUACCCCGGCAGAGGACCAGUCACUUCUACAAACUUCCUUGGAGGUCAGUCUCUCCUCGAACGGUUCAAGUAUGUUAGGCGCCGAAGGCUGGCGCCUCCGCCCCAACGCGAGCUGCUUCGUAGAUGGCCUGCUACCCAUUUCGGGCACCAAGCCGCUGUUGCUGCAGCUUGGAACCGUUCAUGAACUUACCAAUGUCAUGGACAAGAGCGUGGAGACUUCACAGAUGUCGCUGGUUCUCUACUUCAUGGAUUGGGCACACAUAAGGCCCACCUUGAUUUUGACGCUCUACUUUUGCCUUUAUGUUUUCUCCAUCGUUGGGAGCCCGGACGUCGCUUAUCGGGUUACCGAAAAAAAACGGAUCGGACUGGCAGUGCAACCAGAUUUUUACUCCAAGGUCUCGAUGCACUAUCAUAUGACCACCGCGGCAAAAAAGGCCAAGGAUCCCAAAUCGGACUGCUCAUAUUCCACGUUGGCGUCACUGGAGGACAGCUGCUUGGAGGAUGAGGUCUUCAAGAGGGAUCCUCUCGGCUGGCUUUGUGUGUCCUGGCUCAAUCCCAUGGUGGCUCGACUAGGCCACUCAUGGAACAGUGCCAUGUCCAAGUGCGACCCGGACGAUCUGGCACGACUGACUCCCCCAGAGUUCCAGGCCUUCAAGGUCGGCGAACGCUUCGAGGAGCUUUGGAAGGCCGAGGUGGCUCAGUUUGGAGACCAGGCCAGCUUCGUUCUGGUGAUGAUGAGACUGUGGACUCAUAGGCGCAUUGCUUGGUUUCAGUUCCUCCUUUUCCUCCACGUGGUGGUUGGUAAUCUGUACCAAGUUUUCCUCAUCCAGCACUCCUUGGACUAUUUCUUUUGGCUUCAGAGAUAUGUGCGAGAGAACGGACAGCUGCCAGACAUGACGGCACCCAUUUUGACCUCCAUCGUGGCAUUUUCAUUUCAGCCCUUGUUAUUCGCGGUGCUAUGCUCGUUUGAAGCCAAUCUGUCCAUCAAGUUUGAUCAGUGCACUGCGGGUGUAGCCACGGUGCUGUUUCAGAAGACCCAGCGGCUUCCCUCGGCCUCACUGGGCUCGGACGUCAAACAGAUUGAUGACCUGAAGCCAGGAGAGCAGCCCAUGGUUUCCAAGAAGCCCAAUGCUAUGAUGGUGGUGAACAAUGAUCUCAUCGCCAACUUUCACGGGCUGGUCUUCACCUUCGCCAUGUCAAUGAACGCCACGGUGACGGUGGCGCUUCUGCUGAUUUUGAUGGUGGACUCCUCAGUGCCUGGUGGUUCUUCGGUGAUUCUGCCGGCACCCGAUGCACCGAUGCAUGUUGUAAUUCCCAUUGCAAUUCCCAUUGCCCCGGUCAUCCCUGCAGCUUUGACGCUGUCCUUGAUCCUGAGCGGGGCCAUGGGAAUCAACAUGAUGCAGCUGCAAGACGUCAUGGACAAACGAAUCUACAUGAUCCGUGAGAUCAUGAAGGGCAUCCGAAUUGUGAAGUGUUACGCUUGGGAAGCUGCUAUGGAGGAACAGAUCAAGAAACUCCGCACACGGGAGUUGACCUUCUUGAACCUCUACUUCAAACUUUGUAGCAACUUUGUGGCGCUUUUCAACAUCUUCCCCAGGGUGUUGACAGCUGCUGGGCUUUACGGCUUUAUCCGCCUGUAUGGUCGCCAUGACUUGGCCUCCAUUUUUGCCUGCCUUCAAAUCUUGGCAUCUCUGCGGCAGGAGAGCUCUAUCCUCUCUGGUGGAUUGCAGAGACUAGUGACAAUUCGCAUCAGUGCAGCCCGCAUUGAGAACUUUCUUCACAUGGAAGAAGCACCAGUGUUGGCAGGAAUCAGCGAGCCAAGCUGGGCGGAGAUUUGGCCAAAGACAUCCAGUGCGCCUAGAAGCUUCAAGUUGAAGGGCAGCUUCAAAUGGAGCCGUGAAGUUGGCUCACCCACAGUCCUUCACGACCUGGAUUUGGAGGUGAAGCCUGGGGAGCUGGUGGCCAUCUGUGGCUCAGUGGGCUCCGGGAAGAGCACACUCCUUGAAGCCGCUUUGGGUGAACUGUAUCCGGUAGAGGCUGAGAAUGCCUUCCUGUCAAGACCAUUUGUGUGUGGAUACUGCGCUCAAGUUCCGCACAUAGCGGAGGGAACCAUUCGAGAAAACAUCAUCUUUGGCGCUCCCUUCGACGAGGCACGCUACUGGAAGGCAAUUUCCGCAUCAGGGUUGGAGAGCGACCUGAAAUUGCUGCCAGGUGGAGAUGGCGCCUUCAUCGGUGCCCGGGGCAUCAGCCUGUCGGGUGGACAGAAAGCCCGAGUGGCGCUGGCACGCGCGGCGUACAACCCCAAAGCUGAACUCUUGCUGUUGGAUGAUCCUUUUGGCUCUGUGGACGCCCCAACCGCUGCAUGGAUCUUGGAGGAGCUUCUGUGUGGCCCAAUGGUGCAGAACCGUGCUCGAAUUGUGGUGUUGCAGCCCGAGAGAGCGGCUUCACAAGUUCGACAGGGUUUACGUGUCUUGGCACAGGUCACAGCUGAUGGAAAGCUUCCAUGGCGCAAGUGGCCGAAGCCUUCCAAGGUGAUUUCUGAUGGACGCAUUGUCACCAGUGGAACUCCUUCAGAGAUGUCCUGCUUUGCUGGAUUGGUUUCCUCUCCCUCACCCACCGGCUACCAAGAUCGCGGCAAGGGCCGCGGACGUGUCUAUGAGAACAUCACCGAAACAGUGGGGAACACUCCGUGUGUGAAGAUUUCGGAUGCCAUUUGCCCAAAGGGUCGCACCAUCUAUGCCAAGUUGGAGUAUUUCAACCCUUUGUCCAGCGUGAAGGAUCGCUUGGCCUGCGCCAUCAUCGAGGAUGCUGAGAAGACUGGCAAGUUGAAGCCGGGAGACACCGUGAUUGAGGCCACCAGCGGCAACACCGGCAUCGCUGUGGCCAUGCUGUGCGCGCAGAGGGGCUACAAGUGUGUGAUCACCAUGGCUGAGCCCUUCUCCAUCGAGCGCCGCAAGCUCAUGCGAUUUAUGGGCGCCAAGGUGAUCAUCACCCCAAAGGCCGGCAAAGGCAGCGGCAUGGUGGCGAAAGCCAAGGAGUUGGCUGAGAAGCACGGCUGGUUUUUGUGCCGCCAGUUCGAGAACGAAGCCAACGUGAAGUUUCACUAUGACACAACUGGCCAGGAGAUCUUGAACGACUUUGAGGGCAUGAAGUUGGAUUAUUACGUCCUGGGCUACGGCACGGGUGGCACCUUUGCCGGUGCUGGGAAGGCGUUGAAGGAGAAACGUCCGGGCAUCAAGAUCUGCCUGGGCGAGCCGGCGGACGCUCCAUUGGUCCAGUCGGGCACCAAGAGUGAACGCAACGAUGACGGCAGCGCCACCGGAUCCCACCCGGCCUUUAAGCCACACCCCAUCCAGGGCUGGACACCGGACUUCAUCCCAUUCAUUACGGAGAAGGGCAUUGCAGCCACUGGCUAUGAUGAAUAUGUGCCGAUCCCAGGUGAUGCUGCCAUUCAGAUGAGCCAAAUGUUGGCCAAGACCCAGGGAAUCUUCACUGGAAUUUCUGGAGGUGCCUCCAUGUAUGCCGCAGUUGAGAUGGCCAAGAAGGCUCCAGAGGGGUCUGUUUUGGUGGCCAUGUUGGCAGACACCGGUGAGCGAUACCUGUCCACUCCUUUGUUCGCAUCCAUCAGUGCAGACAUGAACGAGGAGGAGCUGGAGAUCUCCAAGUCUACUCCAAGGGCCUACAGCUGCGAGAACUUCAAGUUUUUAGCUAUGCAGAAAAGGGGUGCGACAGCGGAUGAGUCGGUGGAGGUUACGCCCGUGGGCACCCAGGAUGGCAAGGAGCAACGCCCUGCCGCCAUCAAGAGCCAGCCGGUCCCAGCGACAACGUUGCGAGAGAGCGAAGCCGAAGGCCGACCCACUUGGGACAUGACGAUGAAAUAUGCUGCCAUCGGUAAGUGGCGGAACUUGGGAAAUUCGAUGAUUUUCUUUUCCCUGGUGCUGUUCCUCUACUUGCUGUGUGACCUUUCGCUGGCCAAUUGCACCAAUGCAUUGGCAAUUGACCCUGAUGUAGCCACUGGUGGGUACUUUAGUGGCUAUUUGUUUUGGCUGGCCAUGGGUACGAUUUCUCUCUUCAUUGGAUGGUAUUUUGGAGCAGCCUUCACCCUGCGGAUCUCGGCCAAAAUCCACAGUGAUGUGAUCAAACGACUCCUCCAUGCUCCCAUUGAUCGGUUCUUUGACAAACACCCUGUGGGUCGUAUCAUGAACCGACUGACCAUGGACAUGGCCACCAUUGACCUCUACUUGUUCAUGAAGAUAUCUGGAAGCAUCAUGAUCCUCUUCCAGACGAUGGUUCCUUUGGCAUACGUUCACUCCAUUAUGCCACUGUCGAUGACAGCCUUGUCUAUCCCUUUCUAUUACGUGGUGGCGACAUUGUACCUCAGAUACCAGAACACCACUGUGCCGCUGCGCUACUGCUUCAAGACCCAGUCUUCUCGAACUCAAAGCUAUUUAUCAGAUGUGAUGACGAAUACGGUGGUGGUGCGCGGCUUCGGAGAGCAGAAACGGCUCACCGCGGAGUAUGCAGUCGCCAUUGAUUGCUCCUCGAAGGCAGACCUCACAGAUGAUCGGCUCAUGAAACGUUGGUUGUGCAAUCGCGUGAAUUACCUCUGGACUUUCUACAAUUCAGAGUCUUGGCCCAUCUUGGCUCAAUGGAUCGAUGUCUUGGUGGUCCUUCCACAGUCCAUGAUCGAGCCCAGCCUGGACAUGAUGGCGGGUGCCCUCUUUGAGCUCAUUGCUUUGGCGCGUGUGGACGAGUACACAGAGGUUUGCCAAGAGCAAGCUAUGAGGCGCGUGGAGGACACAAACAUUCGGAACCAUUCAGUGCGAUAUUUGAGGAAAGAGCAAGCAAGCCUGACCAUGAAAGUGGUGGGAGAAGAGGUCCAAGUCUUUGCGAAUGGGCAUCAGCUGUUGCAGUCCAGAGAUGAUGGUCGAGCUUUGGUGCUGGCCAAUCGCAGUGACUACAUGGCACGGUUUCAGGAUGCUGGGUGCUUGGCGGUCCUGCGAGAGGUUGUGGGAAGGGGUCCAUCAGAUGAUGCGCUGGUCUCUGCAUUGAGACGGUCAGGUGGGGAUCUGGCCGCAGCAGCGAACAUCAUCCUGGAUGCGCCUGCUGUCAAAGAAUCGCGGCCUCCGGCCUUUGCAUUGAAGCCAUUUUCAGGCUCCACCAUCAUGCUGGAUGACGAUGGUGAAGGUGUAGCCUCCAAGCCCGCGUCGCCAGUUCCUGUCCCUGCCACACCUGCGCCUGCUGCAACCCCAGCUCCGCCGUCUGGCAAUGCAGCGGGCGGCGCAGCGCCCGGCAGUUUCCUCAAGAUGAUGAAGGUGAAACAGGAGGAGCCCGAGCGGCCCAAGAAGAAAGCACGAACCUCGCAGGGACCAAAAUCAGAGCCAUCAAUUUCCAAGACCAAACGUAGCUGCAACGUGGAGUGGGCCUUGAAUCUGGGUUCCUUGGAGGUGAUGGCCUACAGCACCAUGAAGCUGGAGGGAGGCGCCAGUUUCCAAGGAGAAGAUGGAACUAUGGGGCCACUGCUUCGCAGCGGUGGGCGCUUGGAAUUGAAGUGGGCAGUGGAAACCAAGAAGGGCAGGCCGGGAGUAGGAAUGGGAAAGGAGACUGGUCAAGUCCAUUUCGAAGUGAACGGCAAGACUGUUGGGAAGUUUCCAAGCUGGACCUCCAAGGCGCUAGUGCCUUUGCUUGCAAGGAAGUUGAUUGAUGCAGAGGCAGUGGUGGGGAAAGACCCACCUCGGGCCCUGGAUUUGGGAACCAACAUCCCAGUCUUGGUUUACAUCUCCUUGAGGUCUUCAGCCUUGCGCACCCCUGGUCAAAUGCAAAGUCUUGGCAACCAGGAAGGCGCCGGAAAGAGUAAAGCCAAAGGGCAAAAAGCCGUGCAGAAAGCAGAAGAUGAUCGAGAAGUGCAGCGCAAAGCAACCAGCAUGUUGCUUGAAAAGUUGCAGUUGAAUCGUCCUCGCAAAGCUGUUAUGGAUGAUGUGCCAGAAGGCACCAGUGAAAAGACCUCAAGAGAAAGCACAGGCAACAAUGCUGGGAAUAGCAACCCAAUGGCAGAGGAGGAUGCCGAAGAAGACGUCGAAAUGUCCACUGCUGCAGCUGCUCAGCUGGGACGUCAGGACCACUUGGAGAGACACCAUCUGCCAGGCAUCCUGCUGCCUGAUGGAGUCUUUGAGACGACGCUGCGUCCCUACCAGGCGCAGGCAGUGUAUUGGAUGUGGCAGCGGGAAAAUCCAACUUCAACCCUGCCAUCCCAUUUCAAGAGGUCAGGUCUGCAUGAUUCCAGCACUGCUGCGACAUGCAGUACGAGGGCAGCACCAUCUUCGCCAAAAACAUCAGAACGACAACUUCACCCCAUGUGGGAUGAAUACGAGCUUCCAGAAGUGACUGGCCCAUUGCCCAGCAGCAGUGGCCGGGAGUCGGCACGUUUCCUUUAUUAUCAUAGGACCACCGGUGCCUUAUCCUUAGACUUCCCGGAUGCUGCUCUCGCUCAUUGCCGUGGAGGCAUCUUGGCAGAUGACAUGGGCUUGGGUAAGACAGUGAUGUGCCUCGCUUUGAUGGCGUUGGAUUUGGGAGACCUUCCCACAGCCAGAUCCGCAGCUCCUGAGCUUCGGGCCCUAGAAGAAGCUGAGCCAUUCAAAUCCAAGGGCCUAUUUCCAGGCCAGCAGGGCCAAGACGAUGGUGUGGGCGGGGUAUUGGUGGUAGCACCCUUGUCGCUGAUUAGGCAGUGGCAAUCUGAAGCGCAGAAACAUUUCAGCAGCUCAUCCUGUCCCAGCCUCUACGAGUUUCAUGGAUCAGCUCGAAAGAUUUCGACUGAGGAGCUCAGAAACUAUGGCAUCGUAAUGACCACCUACAACACCUUGGCCUCCCAGAACGAUGACUCGCCACUCUUCCAACUGUACUGGAGAAGGAUCAUUUUGGACGAGGCUCAUGCUAUCAAGAAUCGAUGCAGUCGACAGGCGCAAGCUGCUUUUCAGCUCAGAGGAUUCUGCCGGUGGUGUGUCACAGGCACUCCUUUGCAAAACAGCGUCGAGGAGCUCUUUUCAGCCAUUCGUUUCUUGCGUGUCGAGCCGUGGUGUGCCUGGCCGACCUGGCGUCAGUCGGUCUCCAUUCCGCUGGACAAAGGGCGGCAGGGCGACUCUGAGGCCAUGGCCGAAGCCCUGGACACGGCGCGGCGCAUCGUGACGCCGCUGAUCAUCCGACGGACCAAAAGCACCGUGGAUCCCAACACUGGAGAAGCCUUGCUGCGGCUACCAGCCAAACAUGUCCAUGUGCACCGUUUACAGCUGUCCCUGGCAGAACGCGAUUUCUAUGAGACACUAUGGACCAAGGCCAAGACGCAGUUUGACACCUUCGUCGCUGCUGGGGAGGUCUUGUCAAAAUACACUCACAUCUUGCAGUUGAUCUUGAAGCUGCGGCAGGCCCUUUGUCAUCCCUUCAUGGUCUUUGCAAGGGAGAGCACCAAAGAUACAGAUCUGCAGGAGCUGGAGAAGAGAUAUUUGUUGGAUGCUGGAGGCGAUCAAGUCUCAGAAGCCUUUGCAAACCAGCUAUGGGAGGAGAUCAAAAAUGGUCAGUUGAGUGAUUGUGCCAUCUGCUGUGAUGCUCCUCAAGAUCCCACUAUGACGCCUUGCGGUCACAUCUUUUGCCGUGAGUGCUGCUUUCAGAUCAUCCAGAAAUUCAAGGGCGAGUGUCCGAUUUGCAGACGUACUGGCAUCAGCAAAAAGAACUUGACCGUGUUGCCCGGCGCUUCCCGCUUCCCCGCGCAGCUCAUGGCUAAAGCCUCUGGUGGUUCUGGAAAUUCGGCUGAGGCUUCGCACUACAGCACCAAGAUGAAGGAGUUGAUGAAGCUGUUGAAAACUGAUAUGGCGGAAGGACACCGGGCUGUUGUGUACAGCCAGUUCACUUCCUUCAUGGAUCUGAUUGGCAGUGCCCUAGAUGCUGAAGGCAUUGAUCAGAAGAGAUUUGAUGGAUCCCUCAGCUUGGAUCAGCGAGCUGCAUGUGUAGCUUGGCUGGCCGAAGAAACACCAGGCCGCUCGGGGGCGAGAGUGCUCCUGGUGUCUUUGAAGGCCGGGGGCACUGGUUUAAACCUGGUGGCUGCCUCUAGGUUAUACCUCAUGGACCUUUGGUGGAACCCAGCUGUGGAGGAGCAAGCCAUUCAAAGAGUGCACCGCAUUGGACAGAAGCAGGAAGUGCACGUCUACAAAUUCGUAGUGGAAGAUAGCAUUGAUAUCGAUCUUCUGGAGUUGCAUGGUGCCAAAGAAAGGCUGUUGGAAGAUGCCCUGAGAGGGGGCAGACACAGUGAGACUGCGGGGAAGCUGACCAUGGAUGACCUGAAGCGUUUGUUCAAUCCCUGUCGUUCCUCUUUACGCAACCUGAAGAACUCUGGUGCCGAGCUCAAAGCCGAUCUGGAGCCAAGGGCCCGGGCCACUGAUGUGGUCAUCCCUGACGCUCCUUCGGAAGUUGCGUCGGCAGCACCAGGGGAUGAUGUUGCAGUGGAGUCAAGGAUUGAUGAUCGGGAACUCCGGGGACCGGUCCAAGUUCAGAAUGAGCAGAUCCAGGAGCAACCUCUGGUGGCUUGUUGGGAUGCUGCUGGGGACCUGCUUGAAGAGUCAAGCCACAGAUCUGUAGAGACGGCUGUGCAAGAUAGCUGGACCGCAGAAAUGCCGCAGGAUGUGGUUAUGGCUGUAGCUGGAGAUGAAGCAACAGCGACGUUUUCACCGGGGGAUAACUUCGACUGUCCGAAGACACAGGAGCAGCCCCUCGUGGCAGCAUGGGAAGCUGCUGGGGAUCUGCUGGAGGGGGCCUCGAGGGACUUUGGUUUCGGUGAGGAUGACAUCUCGGAUAGCGAACUCCUUGCAGCUUGCCAUGCUGCCGAAGCUUAUUUGGUGCAGAGUAUGGAGGGGUAACGCGAGCUUGGCUCUUUCUAGCCAUCGUAGAUCCAUCAACUGCACCGCAGC